CUGAACUAUUGUAAGUAAACAAAAAGUAUUGCAGACGUUAGGCUGUAGAAUAUUUAAUUAAUACACAGGUUUCCGAUAUCUAUUGUUCCAGUUACAUUUAGAUGUACUGAUCUGUGCAGUAAAGAUAAGUAAAAUGGGGGACACAAAAAUUGACAUUCCUCAGAAGUCUGAGAGUGUACGAGUGGUGGUACGAUGUCGACCCAUGGCUUCAACCGAGGAAAGUAAGGGAUUUGAACGAGUUAUUGAUAUGAACACAAAAAAGGGAAUAAUUGAAUUGAAGAAUCCAAAAUUAAGUGCUGCUGAACCGAAGAAAACUUUCACAUUUGAUUCAGUGUAUGAUUGGAACUCUAAGCAGCGAGAUCUGUAUGAUGAAACAUUCAGAGAUCUUGUGGACAACGUCCUGCAGGGUUUCAAUGGCACAAUAUUUGCCUACGGCCAGACUGGAACUGGGAAGACUUUCACUAUGCAGGGAGUGAAAAAUGACCCAGAAUUGAGAGGAGUUAUUCCAAAUUCAUUUGAACAUAUCUUCAACCACAUUUCCAACUCUGAAAACCAGCAGUACCUCGUGAGGGCAUCAUACCUUGAGAUAUACCAGGAAGAGAUUCGAGAUUUGCUAUCAAAAGAUCAGAAGAAAAGGCUGGAGCUGAAAGAGCGACCAGACACCGGGGUUUAUGUGAAGGAUCUGUCAUCAUUUGUCACAAAAAGUGUGCGAGAGAUAGAGCAUGUGAUGAAUGUGGGAAAUCAAAACAGAUCAGUUGGUGCCACUGACAUGAAUGAGCACAGCUCCAGAAGUCACGCCAUCUUCAUCAUCACCAUUGAGUGUAGUGAGGAAGGUGAGGAUGGGGAGAACCACAUCCGAGUAGGUCGUCUCAACCUUGUGGACCUCGCUGGCAGUGAGCGCCAAGCCAAAACUAAGGCUGAGGGACAAAGGCUAAAGGAAGCCACAAAGAUCAACCUUUCCCUGUCAGCCCUGGGUAAUGUGAUAUCUGCACUGGUUGAUGGCAAGAGCACCCACAUACCUUACAGAGACUCUAAGCUUACAAGAUUACUUCAAGAUUCAUUAGGAGGAAAUGCAAAGACAGUGAUGGUCGCCAACAUUGGACCUGCUGAUUACAACUUUGAUGAAACGAUGAGCACACUCAGGUAUGCAAACAGAGCAAAGAACAUCAAGAACAAACCAAAGAUCAAUGAAGACCCGAAGGACGCCCUGCUGAGGGAGUUUCAGGAAGAGAUUGCCAGGUUGAAGGCAUCCUUGGCAGGGAGAGGAGGUCCAAAGAAAAAGAAAAAGAGGAGGACAAGAAGGAAUGACAAUGGAGAGAUAAUUAGUGAGUCUGAGGAAGAAGAUGAUGAUGAAGAGGAGGAGGAGAUUGAGAGUAAGGAGGAGGAUUUGGAGGCAUACAGGCAAGAACAGCAGGCAAACCUCGAAAAAGAAAAGGAGUCCAUUCUUAACAAUAGGAGCAUGAUGCAGGCUGAAAAAGACAAGAUCCUUCAAGAGAUCCAAGACAAAGAGAGCACGAUGAACAAGGAGAAGGAGGCCAGAGAUCAAUUAGAGUCAAAAAUAAAGGCGAUGGAAAGCAAACUUCUUGUUGGCAACAUUGUGGACCAUACCAACGAGCAGCAGAGAGCCCUAGAGCAGCGCAGAAGGGAGAUUGCGGAACAGCAGCGUGUUGAGCGUGAUAUCCAACAGAAAUUAGAGGAAAAGGAGGAAGCGGCCGUUGACCUCCAGGAGACCUACGUGUCCUUGCAGCAGGAGGUUGAGGUCAAAACAAAGAAACUAAAAAAGUUGUUUGCGAAGCUGCAGGCUACAAAGCAGGAGAUCCAGGACCUUCAGGAGGAGCAUGUAAAGGAACGCCAGGAACUGGAGCAGACACAGAAUGAGCUCACUAGAGAACUCAAACUCAAACUGUUGAUCAUCGAGAACUUCAUUCCAAUUGAAGACAAAGUGAAGAUUCAGAACAGAGCCAACUUUGAUGAGGAACAAGACACAUGGGUCCUCAGAGCUCUAGCUAACAAAAAUGCUGAGACGAUGGCCAAAAGACCAAAGUCAGCCCUAGGAAACAGACGUCCUGUGUCAGAGUAUGCCAGGAUGGCCGCUGCCAUGGGGGGAAACCCACGGUUCAAGGGUGAGAACAUAAUCAUGGUUGAGCUGGACAUGCCUAACCGGACAACACGCGACUAUGAUGGACCCCAGGUGGCUCCCCGCAUCCAGGCCGCCCUUGAUGCAGCCCUACAGGAUGAGGCAGAUCUGGAACUGGAUGGCAGCCCUGCUAUAUUUAAGACUGACAGGAAACGAAAGGAUGCAGGAAAGUCUAGACCAAAAUCAGCCUUGAAGAGCAAUGUGGACAAAUCACAACUGUUUCCCAAGGCCCGGGGACUGGUUAAUAAAAAUUGACACAGUAACCAAUACUUGUUCGAUUAUAGCAUUUUAAGAUGAGCAGAUUGUAGUAUUCAGUUGGAUACUGUUUAUCAAUUAUUGAUUAGAACGUCGAAGUGGAGAACAAAUUGAGGCGCUUGUAUUUUUAUGUCAAAUAUUUAAUUGUUUAGCGCUAUACAUGCCAUGCAUAUUAUUAGAAUGAUCUCUCUCCUCUUGAAAACAUUGUAUAGUUGUCGGAAAUAUGGUUCAAAUAAAGAAUUUAAUUCAUUUAAUGAGAUUACAAUGGUUAAAAACUUAAAAUUCUUGUGAAGCUUGUAAAUGUCAUGCAUAAAGAAAAAUGUCUUAUUGUUAGACAAUUGCGACAAGCAAACUAACUGCAACAAAAAUGUUUCACUAUUAAUCACUAUGUGAUAUGUUGGUAUUCACAUGUGAACAGCAAACAUUUAUUAAUGAACUAUGUUUGUUAAGUUAAAGGGCUCAGGGAUACAUGAUGAUAACACUGUCAAAAUAUGUAUAAAAUAUACUACAAAAAGUUUGUACAUGAAUUCAUGCAGUUGAUUUAUACUGCUGAUUUCAUUUACUAUAAACACAAGUACUGGGUAAUCUUUGGUGUAUUCUGAUGAUAUUCAUAUAAUUAUAUAUAUAUAUAUAUAUAUAUAUAAACUAUUAUGUCAAUUACUUAACUGGUGUAAGAAAACUGUACUGAGACUGUUAAGAAGGGAGCCCUAAGGUUGUGGACCAUAACAAUGAUGUGCCAACUUGUAUGGAUUUGAAGAUAUUACAUGGGAGACAUCUGUCGGCUUAUUCUCUAUUGCAAUGAUGAGCAUCCAUGUAAUCUGUUGCAAGUUGUAACUGCUCUCAUCUGUAGUGCUGCCACGACAAUGAGCAUCCAUGUAAUCUGUUGCAAGUUGUAACUGCUCUCAUCUGUAGUGCUGCCACAACACAACUGUGAUAUUUUGUUUUGCGAAUGUACAUAUUUUUACCAACUUAUUUAUUUUACACUGAACGUUUUCUAUACAUAUUUAUUGAGUAAAUUUAGUGUUGUUCAAUUGUUUGAUUGUUGUAUUGAACUGCAGAAUAUUUUGUUAUUAAAUCAAUGGAUGACACGGUUUGAAUUUUCUUUUUAGUUCUGUUAUAUAAAUAGUAGAGAAUGUCAAGUGUACUAACUAUUGUCCAGGCUGCUCCAUCUACCUGUUGUUAGUUUUGGUUCAGUUGGGAAAUACAUGCAAAUUCAAACAUUUCUUUUUCAAAGUACCUUCAUUAAUCUGAUGUUCAUGUAAAGUGUAAAACUGUUUUUUUGUUUCAAGCAAAACAUAUUGUCCUAUUGUCUUAUACUUGUAGUGUUACCAGUAGCUACUCGAUCAUACAUUAAUUUAUUUUUAUAGUAUCUUAUGUAAGACCAAUCCAUUUUAAUUUGCUUUGAAAGUAUUAAAAAUAUAUGUUAUGAAUAAAAAAUCUCACUUUUUACAGAUCUGCUAGUCUUUGUUUAAUAAAAAAUGGUUACAUGUAAUAUACAGUAUACAUUAAUUCUCAAUCACUUGACGUUGAGGCUAAUCAUAUGAAAUCCGUCCUUAUUUUGUUUUGUUGAUUUUUCUUUUGUUCUUAAAGGGUUAUUGCAUAGGAUUGUAACUUAAAAUGUUGAUUAUCUACAAUGUACACUUCGAUCAGAAUGUAUGUGUAUUUUCUGACAUAAACAUUGUACAUCAUCUUUUAUUUAUUAUUCAUAUACAAGUUUAGAUCAUGUGUUCUUGUUUUGUUUCUUUUGUCUCAUUUACUUGCAAACUGAAGUUGUACAUUUCGCUGUAAUUUGAUUAUAAAUUUCAACUUUGAUUAUUUGUGAAUAAAACUGAUCAACCAUUA